AUGGGAAACGGCGCAAAAGCAGCCUCGAAGCGCGAGCGCAAUGCAAAGGACAGCAAGGUCGCAAAGUCGCAACUGAAAGUCAACGAGCAAGCUAAGGAUAUCCAAUGCAAUGUCUGCAAAUCCACGUUCUUGAAGACCACUCGCGGUCCUGCACUUACGGAACAUGCGACGAACAAGCAUAGCAAGACUCUCGAGGAUUGCUUUCCUACUUUUGGGAAAUAG